AUGUUGACGUUGUUGCUGUUUCCCCUGAUCAUUAUUGGCAUUUAUGCUUAUUGGUCCUAUGUGCAGUACAAGACGGGCUGGCAUUUACUGAAGAAAAUCCCGGGUCCUUUUAUAUUUUGGAUAUUCGGAAAUGUGCCGCAGAUCGGACUAACACCUGAAGAGCAUAUGAGGCAGAUAAGACGCUGGGCACAUGACUACAACUACGGCUUGAUGCGAGUAUACGGCGGCGCUCAACCCUACAUAAUGAUUGCAAAUCCCAAAACUACGGAACAAGUGCUGUCUAGUACUGAGUUUAUACACAAAUAUGACCCUUAUAAGUUCUUUUAUCCUUGGUUGGGUCAAGGUUUGCUCACCGCGAAUGGCAAACACUGGGUUAACCAUCGAAAAAUGAUCACGCCCUCAUUCCAUUUUGCCAUACUGCAAGACUUCCUUAAAAUUAUGAACGAAACAACCGAUCGCUUCGUGGAGCUGCUCUCGGGUUUUGCAACGAAGGCGGAAAUGUUCGAUUUUCAAGAAGUCGUCACACGCUCCACGAUUGAUGUCAUAUGCGAAGCCGCCAUGGGCACACCAGUAAAUGCCAUACAGGGUCCCACGUCUCCAAUAGUGCCUGCGAUCGCUGACAUCUGUGAUGUGAUGCGCCAACGGAUCUUUAGCGCGUUGAAUCGUUUCGAUUUCUUUUUCGUAUGGACCAGAGGAUAUCAGAAACAGCAAAAAGCUUUAGCGAUCUUGCGCAAAGAAUUUUCCCAGAUCAUUGACAAACGGCGUGAGAUGCUGAAGACGCUCGACCAAAAUAAGCUGAAGUUGGGUGUAGACGGCAAACGUCCGAAAAUGGCCUUCCUUGAUAACUUGCUAACAGCAGAAGUAGAUGGCAAGCCUCUGUCAUUUCAAGACAUUUUUGAGGAAGUCUCCACAUUUAUGUUUGAGGGUCACGACACCACUGCCAGCGCCAUAGGCUUCGCCAUUUACUGUUUGUCACGACAUCCAGAAGUACAGCGUCGCGCCUUCCAAGAACAAUUUGCAAUUUUCGGCAAGGAUCUUAAACGUAAUCCAACCUUUCAAGAGUUGAGUGACAUGAAGUAUCUGGAGCUGAUUAUCAAAGAGACGCUGCGUCUAUUUCCCAGUGUGCCAUUCAUUGUGCGUACUUUGUUGGAGCAAACUGAAAUCGGCGGUUUUCAAAUUCCGCCAGGUACCUCGCUUGGCUUUUGCAUUAUAGCAAUGGGGACUAAUCCUCAACACUUUCCGGCACCAUUUGAGUUUAAACCAGAACGUUUUGAAAAUCGCAACAGUAGUAAUCCCUACGACUAUAUACCGUUCAGCGCGGGUCCGAGGAAUUGCAUAGGUCAAAAAUUCGCCAUGAUGGAAUUGAAAGUAACACUUUCGAAGAUCAUCCGACACUUCAACAUAUUGCCGGCGGUGGAUGGGCUAUCCACCGGCAUACAUAACCCCGCAGAUCGCGGUGAUAAGAUUGACAAUCCAUAUGAUGCGCGGCUGGGCUUCUUUCUUACCUUAAAAUCUGUAAACGGCUUGUAUAUACGUCUGAGACGCAGAUCAUAUUGAACACAAUUUAUUUCGAAAAUUUUAAUGGCUUUACGGUUUUGUUAUAGAAAUAAAUGCUUAACUAAUUGAAAAUA